AAAUAAGUUUCAAAUAAAAUCUGGUGUACUCAACUCAGUUUUGUGCCUUCUCUCUAACUUCCUUCCGUAACGAUUCUCAUUGUCCCCCACCGUUGUUUUCGCCGACGCUCUCAAGCCUCCGACGAGCCCUAAGAAACCCUAGACGGCGCCACCGCAUUCAUCUCACUUGAACCUCAAAAGGAGAAUCGCCCAAGAGUGCUGGCGAAUCUCAUUGCUUUGUUUUUCAUUGUCGUUCAUCGCCUGAAUCAAAGAACCGGAUAAUGGCUGUGAUGGGUAAGGCAAAAGAAGCAGGACUUCCAUUGAUGAAGUUGAUUAAGUUGAGAGGGAUGCCUAUUUUGCAGCAAUUGAAUUUAGAGGAACGGCUGCUUCGAACCAGUUCAGAUAAUUGGUGCCUUAUCAACGAUGGAACAAAUUCCCCUGCCAUUGUAAUGGGCUUGUCUGGGAAACUUUCAGAACUCGUCGAAGUCAAGCCUGUGUUGCAAGAUCGUAUACCCAUUAUCAAAAGGUUUACUGGGGGAGGAACUGUUGUUGUUGAUCAUGACACUAUAUUUGUUACGUUGAUAUGCAAUAAAGAUGCUGUUUCAAAUGUGCAACCCUUUCCCCGCAGUAUCAUGUCAUGGAGUGGUUUAUUAUACAGUGAAGUUUUUAAAGGGCUUGCUGAUUUCCAUCUCCGGGAGAAUGAUUAUGUGUUUGGUGAUCGCAAGUUUGGUGGUAAUGCUCAGUCUAUAACCAAGAAUCGGUGGGUACACCACACAUCAUUUUUAUGGGAUUAUGAUGUCAAGAACAUGUCUUAUCUCAAGUUACCCGCAAAGGUUCCUCAGUACCGAUUAAGAAGAAGUCACAUGGAUUUUAUUUGUCGAAUGAAGGAGUAUUUGCCUAGAUCAGAAUUUAUCGAGAGAACCAUUAAGGCUCUUGACAGCCAAUUUUCGGUGAAAUCCAUUAGCUUGGAGUCCAUAGAUGUUCCCUCUGUUUCUGAAUAUGUUCAUACCACUAAGCUUCUCACAGAGCAGGACAUUCAGGAAACCUGCACUAUUCAAACUUGAAAAAAUAGUUGCAAGAGGUUUGGUAACAAUAUAUAAGAUAUAAUAAUAAGGGGAAUAGGAUUCAACAAUGGGUGAAUUGAGUAUGCUGUUGUGGAAAUUUCAUUCUCCUACUUCAGUGCUGAUGAAUAUUGACUGCUGUGUUCUGAUAUUGUUGUACAAUAGUUUUUCUUUUCUUUUCGACCAUAAUUUAUUCUGGCCAAGUUGUUUUUUCUUUUGGUUAGAUUAUUUUCCAUACUUUUAGUGAAAGAUACUUUCUUUAUUUUA